AGGUCAUAAUCUCAGAGUACAAGGGACUCGACAAUUCGCUAUAACGCCAUAUACUGAGCUGAAACCUUGCUUGUUGUCGGAUCAUUUCAUUUAUACAUAUAUCAGAUAAUAUUUACAAAUCAUGGCAUAUCCGUCACCUGCCGGUUGGAACCCAGCGAUGGGCGGUGGUGGCUGUGGCGCUUACCCUACACCGGGGGCGGCCUAUCCGCAGAUGUGCUACCCUCAACCAGGAGCGACCAAGCCGAUAUUAAACCCCAGCAUUCCUUUCCUGGGUCAAAUCCCCGGAUGUAUGAGACCUGGGAAAAUGGUAGUCAUACAGGGAAGUGUUCCCCCAAAUGCCGACAGGUUCGCUAUAAACUUUCAGAUUGGUGCCAGUACUAAACCACGUGCAGACAUUGCAUUCCACUUUGCUGCGCGAGUCAAAGCAGGACAUAUUGUUAGGAAUACGUUGACAAACGAGAAAUGGGGUGCCGAGGAACGUGGCGUGCUUUACCAGCCAUUCGUACCUGGUCAAAACUUUGAAAUAAUGAUCCUGGCUAACAAGGAAGAAUUUAAGGUUGCUGUCAACGGUCAGCAUUAUGUUGCGUAUAAACACCGUGUCAGACCUCUGAAGAAGAUCGACUAUCUUGCUAUCAAUGGUGACGUCAGAAUCACAUCAGUGAAAUUCCAGGACGAACAGGUUGCAGCAGGUGGAACCCAUGUAUCUGCCGCCCCGAUAGGACCCAUUGUCAAUCCUUCAACUCCAUAUAUUGGAGCAAUUCCGAACGGAAUGUUUCCUGGUAAAAUGGUUAUAAUAAACGGGACAGCGCCUCCCAAUCCAACCAGGUUCGGUGUACACCUCCAGAUUGGACACAACCAGGACAAGAGUCAUGAUAUCGCAUUCCGCUUCAAUCCACGAUUCCCAGCUAAUGCAAUUAUCUGCAAUACCAGACACGGCAAGAAAUGGGGACCAGAAGAGAAAACUGCUCCUUAUUUUCCAUUUCAAGCGAAUACCAAUUUUGAAAUUAUCAUAUUGUGCCAGAAUGACUGUUACAAAGUAGCUGUCAAUGGCAGGCAUUUGUUGGAAUAUCGUCACCGAAUUGCUUACCAGCAAGUUAAUACUUUACACGUUUGUGGCGAUGUUCGUAUAAACCAAAUACGAUAUCAAUAGAUUGUGUUUAAGGUAGCAGAUGACGAAUUCGCUCUGAGGCUGGUAUCUACAGAUGUCGCAUUCACGUGAUGUGUUUAUAAAAUAAUAUGGAGAAUAUAGUUUUCUAUCGGCUUUUACAAAGAUAUGGAUAUCAAAUAACUAUCUACAAAAUAAUGUUCAUUUACAUAUUUUUGAUUAGCCUUAGUACUGCCAAAUGUUGAUAAAUUACUACAGUUGGUUAGGUAGAUCAUUUCUAAUUAUACGGUUACAACAUUUUAACAUCAAAGCGGCAACAUUGUACGCAAGAUUGACAGAUAACGCCGACAAUGUCUUUAUGUUGUUUUCAAAGUAAACCCCGCAUCACCCUCUCGUUA